UGGGUUGCUGUAGCGCUCAGUUUGACUGAAUUAGCCGCAAAGCAGAUCGAGUGGAUACGAAUUUAAAAACGUAGAGCUCAAAGGGCGCUUGGGGAGAAAACGAUGUAGUCGUUUUUUUAUUUGUUGUCAGUCUUAGUUUUAUGUUUUUUUCGUGCGUUUGCUUGCUGUUAUGUUUAGCAUUAUUAUAGGGUUUUCAGCGCCGCACCCACCGUAUUCGUUCUCAUUGGGGGCUAGCUAACGUUAGCUAACGUCUGCCGGGAGCUAAUGUUGGCUGUGGUGCCGUGUAGCAGGUGUAACGUAAUUUGGAAAAACCAACGCUGUUGGCUUAACAUCCUACGACGCUCCUUUUUAAUUACACCUGCGAGUACGGUUAACGUUAAUAUUACUAGCUGUUAGAUUUGCGCUACGCCUCUUGGCUUUUAACUUAGUCUGGUAAUAGUCCAGUAACGGUAACGUCAGUCAUCAUGACGGGCGACAAGAUACGCACCAUGCGAAAGGACCACAACAAACUGAACAAAAAUGACGAGAUAAUGGACACGUACGAUGAGACCUCAAACGGGACCAUCUCUAACGGUACCAGUAAUCAUUUCAAGUCGAACAAGGCUUUUCAGAAAUCCGUUAAAAGCUCGGUUCUGCAACAGCAGCUUAAUGCGAACAACAUCAACGGCAAUUCAUCAUCAGUUACUACCAUAGUCAGUGAUGACAACAAGAACCCAAUAAUCUUGAUAAGUGACAACCCCGAGUUCCCUGUGCACGAAUGCGUGUUCAAGGGUGACGUGCGUCGCCUCUCCUCUCUCAUCAGGACCCACAGCAUCUCUCAGAAAGACGUGCAUGGGAAUACGCCCCUUCAUCUGGCAGUCAUGUUGGGCCACAAAGAAUGUGCCCUUCUUCUCUUGGCCCACAAUGCACCUGUGAAGAUAAAAAAUGCACAGGGAUGGAGUCCUUUAGCCGAAGCCAUCAGCUACGGUGACAGACAGAUGAUUACAGCAAUACUACGGAAGUUAAAGCAGCAGUCCAGGGAGAGUGUGGAAGAUAAGAGGCCAAAAUUACUGAAGGCUCUCAGGGAGCUUGGUGACUUUUAUCUGGAGCUGCAUUGGGACUUUCAGAGCUGGGUGCCUUUGUUGUCCCGGAUGUUGCCUUCUGAUGCUUGUAAAAUCUACAAGCAGGGCAUCAACAUCAGACUUGACACCACUCUCAUAGAUUUUACUGAUAUGAAAUGCCAGCGUGGGGAUCUUAGCUUCAUUUUCAAUGGCGACGCAGCACCCUCCCAGUCCUUUGUGGUUCUAGAUAAUGAAGCAAAAGUGUACCAAAGAAUACACCACGAGGAGUCAGAGAUGGAAACCGAAGAAGAAGUGGACAUCCUGAUGAGCAGUGACGUGUACUCCGCAACUCUGUCUACAAAGUCCAUCACCUUUUCACGUAGUCAGAUUGGCUGGCUUUUCAGAGAGGAUAAAACAGAGAGGGUUGGAAACUUCAUAGCUGACUUCUAUGCAGUGAACGGCCUGGUGCUGGAGUCGAGAAAACGGCGGGAGCACCUCAGUGAGGAGGACAUUCUGAGGAACAAAGCCAUCAUGGAGAGCUUAAGCAAAGGAGGUAGCAUCAGUGAACAGAACUUUGAGCCUGUGAGGAGGCAGUCUCUCACUGCUCCAGCGCCCAACACAAUUUCCUGGGAAGAGUACAUCACUGCUGAGCAUGGAAAGCCACCUCAUCUUGGGAGAGAACUUCUAUGUAAGGAAAGCAAGAAAAACUUCAAAGCUACUGUAGCCAUGAGCCAGGAUUUCCCUUUAGGCAUUGAGUCAUUACUGAAUGUCUUGGAGGUCAUAGCCCCAUUCAAGCACUUCAACAAGCUCAGAGAGUUUGUUCAGAUGAAACUUCCUCCUGGCUUUCCUGUCAAACUCGACAUCCCCGUCUUCCCUACAAUCACUGCAACUGUCACCUUUCAAGAAUUUCGCUAUGAUGAUUUUGAGGAGUCUAUUUUUUUCAUCCCUGCUGACUACAAAGAGGACCCCAGUCGGUUCCCUGACCUUUGACCUGUGAACACACACAGUAAAUGACCAGCCAGCUGGCAAACAAAUGAGGAAUCUUGUAUUGUGUUACUCCUAUAUAAAAAUAUACAUUCUUCAUUUUAAGAAAAAAGGGAACUGGCCUUGAUCAGUUAUUUUUCAUUUCGCUGAUGGAUCCAAAGCAAAUCAAUGCAGCGCCAACUCACUUAGAAAUGCCUACAGGCAGUGGUGAAAUGAGUGAUGGCUUUCAUUUCACUCACCGUAGAGUGAGAAGUUGACUCCUCUCCUCUCUGCUGCUCUUUCCUCCUGUGAAAGCUGUCACACAACUCAGCCUGACUUUUCAUUGUCACUAUUUUAAUAUCUAUUAUAGCUACUCAUUACAAGUGACUGAAUUCUUAUUGCUGACACUGCACUGAUAGUCAUGUGUAAAUAGAUCACAUCAUCUGCAACUCCUAACAGAAUCACAAAUAGCUCUAUACUAAACGAAGCGUAUUAAUUUAUAAAGUAUGUAUUGUGUAUAUAUUUAAUAUACUCAAAGGAGUAACACUGUGUAGCAAUACAUUUCCAGUACUUAAAGAAUGUUUUUAAACAGCCGGGAGAAGGUUGAGCAUAAAAACACAUUCUUAACAGUUCAAUCUCCAAGCCUUUCCCAUGCAGGAUGCAACCUCCUGUACUUUCAGGUUAGCUCAUGUUACCUCUGUUGUCUCCAUGUUUGUUGUUAGUAUGAAUUCUGUGCUUAGUGUGAGUGAAUAACUGUUCUUAAAGGUUACUGUACGUACGUCUGUGUGGAAGAAUCCAGAUGGGAUAUCAGGUAAACUAUUAGUUUAAUACUGCACUGAUGAGGUGUAUUUAAGGCAUGCUAUGGCUGUGUUCACAUGCAUCUUUAAGCUAUACCUGUAUCUUAUAGUAUUUGCUAUAUUGUGUGCAGACCUUUUGGUAUUUAGAUAAAAGGAAAACUGAAUAUUCUAACACUAACACUUUGAACCACCUUUUAGUGCUUAAAGAUAGUCUGCAUACAUGUUUUUUAUUCAAAGAGAAUAAACAAAGCUGUGAAAGUGAUAUUGCUGGAUAUCCCUAAAGUGUCCGGAUGAGAAUUAAUCUGAUCCACUGAUUUGUCUCUGGCUUCAGCUAAUGUGUACUGCAACCAUACCUACUUCACAGCCCUUUAAAUAAAAGCACCAGCAUCCUGUUUCACUUUGUGCAAGUAUAAUAAAACAAAGGUUCUGACUAA